UAUGUCAGGUAGCGCUUGACAUUUUUUCCACUAGUGUGAGGUAAUACGAGACAUGUAUGACAGUGAAUUGACUAUCAUUCAUACACCGUUGGGUAUGACUAAGUCUUUCCCAAUUAAAGUGGGUUUGCAUCAGGGAUCAACUCUAACUCUAACUCAAGUGGCUAGCAGCAACCGGAGAGCUUUUUGAUAAAAGGUUUCCUUGUAGAUUAAAAGGAAAAUUCUACCGUGUUGCUAUUAGGCCAGCUUUGUUAUAUGGAACAGAAUAUGGACCCGUAAAGAAAGUCUUAGAACAGAGGAUGGAAGUAAUAGAAAUGUGUGUGCUGAGGUGGAUGUGUGGUCACAUAAUGAUGGAUAAAAUCAGAGACCAGGAGUUUAGGGAGAAGUUUUGGGUUGCACCUCUCUCUGCAAAGCAAAGAUGCGUGAGAACAGGUUGAGAUGGUUUGGACAUGUGCAGAGAAAGACUUAUGAUUGCCUAGUAAGAAGGACCGAAUGCGUCAUAGUGGAGGACAAGAGAAGUAGAGGGACACCUAGGAGAACGUGGGAGAAACAAAUUAAAUAACUUUAUGAAUUAAUUCUAGCACUUAAACACCAUCAUCAAUGACACAUUAAGUUACAAACUUAACUCACCCAUUUAAUCCAUUCAUGGAAUUUCCUCUCUAUGCUCAGAUAAUGCAUAGAAUUUAUUUGGAGCACUCAAGUCACCAAUUACUUCAACAUAAUCUUUAGUAUGUUUUUUACUAAAAUAAUUAAGUGUAUUUUGAAAACAUAAAUAAAAUCUUAGAUUAUUAUGCAAGGUUACUCCAAAAAUAUUAAUAAACACUAUAUAUUUUAGCCGGUUGAGUUAUUUUAAUUGGCUUUUAUCAUAUUACAUUUUAUUUAUUCUGAUUUUAUAACCAUUGUUUCUUAUUAUCGGCAAUUUGAUUUAUGGUCUGAUUAAAAACAAUGAUAUAAGGUGUAGUAAACUAGCUUUGGGAAUUUAUGUAGCGUAAAUAUACAACUUCACAUGUUCUAAACAGGAAUUACAAGCAGCACAAAUGUAUAUUUAUGUGGGUUUGUCCGCAUAGAGUUGGAACGAUUAUGAAUAUAAACUUGUUGAGCAGUGGGUGAAUACAAGUAAGAAAAGUUCAUCGUUUUAUUAAAAGUGAAUAGAUGCUGAAUAUAAGGUCUUACUCGCCUUAUAUACACACGACCUACGCCUUAUACCGGACUAUCCAAUGAUUAAAAUGUACUAAUUUAUAUAUCAUUAUUGUAUAUUUUUGUAAAAAACUUGACAAAUAAUUAAUAAUACUAAAUUGAUUCUAUUGAUUGUAUGGUUUUUAUAAAAUUUAUAAAGAAUAAUGAAUUAAUGUAGCAUAUAACGAAGACUUGAAGGGAAUGUGUGACGGGUAUAUUCAUGAUAGGUAUACUUAAUUAGCCAUUAUGAAUAGAGAUUGAUUUUAUUCAUACCUAAAUGGGCAGACAUUAGUAUAAAAAUUUUAUUUUACUCUGACUAUGAAUGGUGGAUAAAUGGUGAUUAUUAUAAUUUUAUUUAGAUAUUAAUAAUGAAAAGGGCAUACGGCAUCUGCUGCCCGUCUAGUUUGCCCUUCCUAGUCUCUAAUCCAGAAUGGGCAGACAUUAGUAUAAAAACUUCUUCUAUUUCAAAAAAAAAAUACAGAAAUGGAAAAUCAAAGUAUAAGAAACAGGUUUGUGACAAUUAAAGAUAGGUUCAAUGGAGCACCAACAGAAGCUGAUUUUGAGCUUCUUACUUCAAGUAUUACAAUGGAUAGCCAAAGCUGGAAUGGUGUUCUUGUAAAGUGUCUUCAAGUUUCCAUAGAUCCAUACCAGUUAAAUCGCAUGAAAAUAUACAGCCCUUCUCAUGAUUCUAUCGUCUUGUCUUCUAGCCUAGUUCCUGGCGAGAUAAUUGAUGCAUAUGGAGUAGGAAAGGUUAUAGACUCAAAGGAUCCAAGAUUCCAAAAGGAUGACUUAGUUGUUGGUUUCUUGAGUUGGGCACAAUAUACUGUGGUGGAAAAUGCCCAAUACUUACAAAGAUUGGAUUCAACAGAAUUUCCCUUAUCUUAUCAUCUUGGAGUUCUAGGAUUUAGUGGAUUAACAGCAUAUGCCGGACUUUUUAAGGUGGGAAAACCUAAAAAAGGAGAUAAAAUAUUUGUAUCAGCUGCAUCAGGAUCAGUGGGAAGUUUGGUAGGACAAUAUGCCAAGUUGUUCGGUUGCUAUGUUGUUGGAUGUGCGGGAACCACAAAAAAGGUUGCCUUAUUGAAGGAAAAGUUGGGCUUUGAUGAUGCAUUUAAUUAUAAAGAAGAAGAUAAUCUUAACUUGGUUCUCAAAAGAUACUUUCCAGAGGGAAUAGACAUUUAUUUUGACAAUGUAGGUGGAGAAAUGCAAGAGGCUGCAAUUGCAAACAUGAACAGUUUUGGUAGGGUGAUUGUAUGUGGUGUUAUAUCAGAAUAUUGUGAUCCUGCGAGAAGAAUGAUUGCAUCAAAUAUGAUCAACAUCAUUUAUAAACGGAUCAUUAUCCAAGGUUUUCUAGCAAUUGAUUAUCGUUCAGACGAAAAAUUUUACGCGGAUUUUUUAUCAACAACAUCAACCUACAUUAGCACAGGUCAAUUACAAGUUCUUGAAGACAUCUCCAAAGGCUUAGAAAACAUCCCUUCAGCUUUUAUAAGUCUCUUUAAUGGCCGUAACAUUGGCAAAACUAUUGUUCAAGUUCUAGAUGACUGAUGGGAAAGUGGUCAGCUUUUGAUGGAAUUAUAGAUAUUAAUCUAUAAUGGUUGGUUUCAGAAGUAAUGCCUAAAACUGUUUGAUAUAAGUGUUGAUUAAUUCUCAUAAAACCUAAAACGAUUUUCCUUCAGAAGGAAUAUUUAAGCAUCUGUUUUUUUCUCCUUUCUAUUAUGAGGUAAAUAUUGUUUGUGGGUUUUAUUUGCAUAACAAAUUCUUGUUAUUUCUAGCCUAUAUAUAACGACAUUUAGUUGUUUAAAGAGUAGAAAAAAUGUAUUAUCACAAAAUAAAUAAAUGAAUAUGUUGCUUGAU